UUUAAUACGAACAUGAACAAAAUGUGGCUUUUUUAGAGCCGAGUUUAUAUCUAUAUUUUCAGCAGGCCAGCGGCUGAAUUACACUCUAACAAACGCUAGGUAGCGGAUGACCUUGAUCGAGCGCGUCAACACUACACUGGUCCUUGCUCUAUGAAGAACACACAGUACACACCCUAUUCUGAUAUUGCAGUACACCAUCAUACAUCAUUAAGCACGGUAGCCAAGUGAUAAGCUACAGACAGAGAGGUGCACAAUGAGUGGUAUACUUUAUGGACGAUGUGCACAGUACCUGUUAAGAUCCCAUCCAGUAUACCAAUCUGGUUGUUCUAAACUCCGCCAUGUUGCACCAUUCUCUACUGGAUACAUUACCCAUUCAAGUGGUGGCCAGGAUGCUACAGCAGGAAAGUUAAAUAAGAGGCUAAAGGAGACGGCUGAAGUUCUUAUAAUUGGUGGAGGAUGCGUAGGAACCAGCAUUGCUUAUCAUCUUGCCAAGGCAGGAAUGAAAGAUGUUGUACUUCUAGAGAAGUCAGAGCUCACUGCGGGAAGCACAUGGCAUGCUGCUGGACUAACAACAUACUUUCAUCCUGGAAUCAAUCUAAAGAAAAUUCAUUACUACAGCUGUAAACUCUUUGAUCAACUAGAAGAAGAAACUGGUCAGCAAGUUGGAUUUCAUAAGCCAGGUAGUUUACGUCUACUCACAACACCCGACCGAAUGGAUGAAGCUAAGUAUCAAAUGUCACGUGCCGGCUGGAACCAAGCAGUUCAAGAAUUGAUUAGCCCAGAGAAAGUGGCUGAAAUACAUCCGCUACUUAAUAUGGAUGGUAUACUUGGUGGUAUACUCAAUCCAGAUGAUGGUCAUAUUGAUCCUUACUCUCUGACCCAAGCAUAUGCAAUCGGCGCUCGCAAGUAUGGUGCUGAUCUGUAUAUGCCAGCGAGUACCCAAAGCCUAAAACCUCGUGAAGACGGAGGAUGGGAUGUCGAGACUGAGCAUGGUACCAUACAUGCUAAAGUGGUUGUCAAUGCUGCAGGUUUCUGGGCUACUGAUGUUGGACGUAUGGUUGGUUUAGAGUUGCCUAUGGUAGCUAUCCAACAUCAGUAUGUGAUUACAUCAUCUAUACCUGAGGUUGAAGCAUUGGAACGUGAACCACCAGUUAUCCGUGAUCUUGAGAAUUCUUACUACUUAAGACAAGAGCGAUCUGGUCUACUCUUUGGUCCUUAUGAGAAGUCUCAUAUGAUGAAGCAACAAGACAAUUGGAUUCGUGAUGGAGUACCACAAGGUUUUGGCAAGGAGUUAUUUGAGAGUGACAUCGAUCGCAUCAUGGAGCACGUUGAGGGCGCUAUGAAACGAGUACCUGUCCUACAGAAAGCUGAUAUUCAGAGCGUUGUAUGUGGACCUAUCACCUACAGCCCUGAUGUACUGGGUAUGGUUGGACCUUUCCAAGGACUUAGAAACUUCUGGCUUGCUUGUGGUACUGGGUAUGGAAUCAUCCACUCUGGAGGUAUGGGGAAAUAUCUCAGUGAUUGGAUAAUUGAAGGAGAACCACCCUAUGAUCUGACUGAAUUAGACGCCAAUCGCUAUGGCAACUGGAUUACUAAAGAGUACACUAGUACGAAAACACGAGAAUCUUAUGGUAUGAACAAUGCCAUAGGCUGGGCUAGAGAAGAGAGAUGGGCUGGUAGACCAACAAGACGAGUAUCUGGAAUCUAUGAUAAACUGAAAGCAAGGGGAGCCGAGUUUGGUUUCCAUGCAGGUUGGGAGCAACCUCAUUGGUUUGCCUUAGAUGGAGAUGAGGCUGGGUAUCGACAAAGUUUCCAUCGUUCCAACUGGUUCAAUCCAGUAGGGAGGGAAUAUGAAAUGGUGAUGAACCGAGGAGGAAUUAUUGAUAUAUCUCCCUUUGCCAAGUUUGAAGUAACAGGAAAAGACGUACAUCAAUACCUUGAUAAUCUUGUUGCUAACAAGAUUCCUGCAGUUGGCCGUUGCAGUGUCUGUCACAUUCUGUCACCCAAAGGUAAAGUGUAUGCUGAAGUAACUAUCAGUCAUCUUGAAGAGGACAAAUUCCUGGUCAUAACUGGUUCUGGGGUGGAGCUUCAUGAUCUCAGGUGGAUGGAGGACUUUGCCUGGAAGGGAAACUAUGAUGUUAAGCUUAACAACGUAUCUGAUAAUGUGGCAUGCUUGAGUCUUGCUGGUCCAUUAUCCAGAGAUGUACUCUCAACAAUCACUGAUGCAGACAUUAGUCAUGAAGCAUUCUCAUUUAUGGAUGUCAAACGUAUCAACAUUGGAGGAGUGCCUGUAGAUGCCAUCAGAAUCUCCUAUACUGGUGAACUGGGCUGGGAAUUCUACCACAGCAGUGAAGACACUGCUAAGCUCUAUGAUGCACUACUUGAAGCUGGCAAACCAUUUGGUGUUAGUGACUUUGGAACCUAUGCACUAAAUACAAUGCGCAUUGAGAAAGGCUUCCGUAUGUGGGGACAAGAGAUGUUAAUGGACAAUGGUCCUCUAGAAGCUGGACUUGGACCAUUCAUCAAACUCAAAAAGAAAGCAGACUUUGUUGGGAAAGCCGCUAUUCAGAAAGUGAAAGAUGAAGGUAUUAAGAAGAAGUUGGUUCUUCUAACGAUGCCAGACACAGACAAUGUUGACCCUGAAGGCAAUGAGACAAUCUGGAUCAAUGACAAGGUUGUUGGUAACACUACAUCAGGUUGCUUCAGCUACCAUCUUGGCCGUAGUAUCUGCUAUGCCUAUCUACCAUUAGACCUAGCCACAGAAGGGACACAGGUUGAUGUAGAACUGCUUGGUAAGCGCUACACUUCAACAGUGGUCAAAGAACCACUUGUCCAAACUGAACCCGCUAGGACCAGACAACAAAAUAAAUAAGCUGUCAAGUGAGUAUACUGAAACAAUGACAAUGCAUUCCAUAAUUCCUAAAGUUGUCUUGGAAAUUGGCCACCCAUAGAGGGGGUGCUUCCUUUCAACCAACAGUGGCCUUUGAAUUGACUGUUUUAUAGCGUGUAAACUUAUCUGGUGGUUGGGUGGCUUUAUCUAAAGUCUUUAUCAAAAAAGUCUGGUGGACUAAAAAGGAUUUGAGGAUGAAACAAAACAUUAGGUCACAAUUGUCUGAUAAAACCACAUUUCAGGUCACAAUUGUUGGAUAAAACCAAACACAAUGACACAAAAAGACAAGUGUCAGUUAUUAAUGGAUGAAACCAAAUCUUACAGUAUUAAUUCUGAGAUAACAUUGUGUGUUAAGUUGCAAGUGUUAACACCUGGAGUAUUGUAUGUCAGCCACCAUUGAACAAUUGCUGAAAGCGCCACAACAGUAGCCAAUGCGUUCAAUGCAACAAUGACAGAUACAUUGCUUAUCAUGUCAUUGGGAAAAUAUUUGAUAAAAUCAUUGCAAUAAAUUAGCUUAAUCAAUUUCAAAGAAUUUUAUAGUUUACAUUUCCUUUGUGGCGGUAACAUAAAAAAGAAAAAGUGAAACUCUGUUGCCUUAGGUUUCUUUUGAAGUGAUCUUAAGUAAAAUGUGUAAACAGUGAAAGAGUUAUAGUUUUGAUAUUAAUCUGAAAUCCUACCUUGAUUGAGUGAGAGUGUGUGUAAAAAAGGUACAAAAGAAAUAUUUUUUGAAAAGUGGUACAAAUAUUUUACUAAAAUGUAAACAACAUUUAUAAUUGUACUUCUUCUCUGUGAUUACAUAAUGCAUUCCACAAGUUCAGUUCUCAUUCACUUAACUUGGAACUCCAAUAUUUUAUGAACACCUUUACUGUUUCUCGUAUCACAGCCAAUCUUCUUAUUGACUCCUUGAACAAUACAAAACAUUUAGCAUCUCCACCAUUUUGGAAGUCAGUUUCUUUGAGUAAAUUUUGCCUCCCAAAAUGGCGGAGUAAGUGCAUUGCACAUUGUAUAAGGGUUAGAGGUGAUGAGGGGAGAUAAGAGACGAUGAACAUGUACCCUAAAAAAGUAACAAAGACUUACUUAUGCAAUUAUGUAUUCAGCAUUCUCGUAAUCUAGUUGUGUAUUUCAUCACAUUACUCAAAUAUUGCAACUCUUAAAGUAAGUAUUCAUGAACACCAUAUAAUCUGUAAAUCACUUAAGUUUUUUAUUGUUUAACUCCUAAGGGACCAUUAAUUACUGUAUUGUCAUCAACAUACGCUAAGAUGUGAUGAAAAACACAUUCUAUUCAUUUCAUGUUUUUCCUGGAUAGAAUGAAAGAUAAUACAAUUGUUUUUUGAAAUGUAAAUACCAUGUUAACAUUGGAGUCAUUAGAAGCUUUCAAUUCAUGAGAUGAGUUUUAAGUUGACCUUUUAAGUUGACUAGUAGUAGGUCUACUCUUGUGGCUGUUUAUUUGCCAGUGGGGUGUACAUGGGAUUAUUGGCACUUGCACCCACAGUGGUCUUGUCAAGAUUUUCUUUUUCUCUGAAGUGUUAUUUAAGGAUAUUUUAAUUAGACUGUUUAUAUCAGUUGCACUAGUAAGCUACUCAAAUAUCUUGGAUAGAAUAUUAGUGAUAAUACCUACUUUCUCAUCAGAAACGCAACUAUUUUAUCAUGGCAACAACAGUAAAUUUACGAAUUUGUCAAGUUUCAUUUGGGUAUGGAAUUGUAAUCAAAACUUCAUAAUUUUAUUUAACAAAUAAAUUAUCUGGUGGAAUAGUGA